AAACAGCUGUUCGAAGCGGUAGACUUCAUGCACCAACACGGCGUGGCGCACAUGGAUCUGAAGCCGAAAAACAUCUUGAUCCCUGUCAACGGCGGCCGUCUGACUGUCAUCGACUUCAACAGGUCUUUGCGAGUCAAGGGUGUCGAACAUAAGUUUCGUGGCAUCGCGGGCACUCCUGAAUAUAUCGCCCCUGAGGUAGCCACUGGUAAUGACCUCUUCAGUGCGAUCCGGGCGGACUUGUGGUCCUGUGGAAAGACAUUAGAG